UUCUAUGUCAGGUAAAGUUAAACAUUCGGAUUGUCAGUAUCGAGGUGUUAAUAUGUCAACAACUGAUUGUAGACCAGAUAAUUCUAAAACGAGCGGGCUCGAGACUCGCGUUUAACCAUGUCGUUUCUUUUUAUCUUUCCAGACGUGGCGGCAUCAGUGGAGGUUCACUUCGAGAAUAAGGACGGUGGAUUCUUCUUGAAGCACAUACCGCGGCAAUAUUAUCCGGCCCGCGGCACGUCGGAUAGCGCUAUCCCGGCGCUAUCUACGAGUGCAUCGAAUAGUAACAACAAUAACAAUAAUAAUGCGGGGAGUACGGUACCGUCGCCGCCGCCUGGCUCUGUUCUCUCAAUCGACAAGUUCACCGUCUUCCAGACGAGCGAGCCGGUAUCAGUGCGAGCCACAUACGGUCCUUUUAGCACCAAACAGACUGUACCGGCGCGUUACAUAGUCCCCGAUCCGUUGGACGCAUUGCCGGGACCAGAAACGCGACGCAAUCUCACGGCGGCGACGAUUCUGGACGCCCAGGAACUCGGCGCUCGCCAUCUGGACAUGUCAGCUCAUCUGGUGGCCAACAGCGUGCCGCGCGACUCGCCCGUGCUCAGGGUGCUCUUCCACGCCGGCAGCGAGGCCGGUGGUAGACGUCAGUUGCUGAUGGCGCGGCAUCAGCGAGUCUGUGUAGUGCUGCACGCCAGCCUGGCCAGUCCAUCGCGGGGUAAUGCCGCGAGCAGGAGCAGCAAUGGACACGGUUACUCUUCCUCCUCUUCCUCCUCCUCCUCCUCCUCAUCUUCGUCAUCUUCCGCGCUUACGGCCGCCUGCAGUCCUGACGGCGAGAACGGCGUAUGUCUCGCGCAGAUCACCAUACCGGCCGAUUGGUGGGCACCGUUACCGCCGCCCGAUGCUUCCGGCCGUGUCAAGGUCGUCAAAAGUCUGCCGCGAUUGAUCCAGGUUGCUUACUCCGUGUUGGAACCGCGUACGGAGGAGGGAGGACUUGGUAGUGGCGGGAACGGUGGCGGUUCGGUUGACGCUACCGGUGGGUCAGGAUUCUGCAGACCCAGAGUGCAAAUACAGCCAGUCACUCCUUUGGGUCAAGUGCCGCUCGCGCCUAACAAAGCGGAUUACAAGGAACUCAGAGCGGAUGACUCGCUAACGUUGCUGGUGCCACACGGACCGCUCUAUCCGAGGUCCAGGUUGCACAUCCCGGCCUUCCUACAUCCCGUUAAAGUGACAGACCCGCGGCAGGAGCGACCGCCGUUGAUCGUCGCGGUUUAUUUAAGAGCGCGUGUGAAGGCCGGCGUGAAGAUCCUGGAUGCUUCCUCCAGCAGCCCUGACUGGAUCGUCGAUAGCGAUGUCAACGUAAAGAAUACGGCAGCUACGUUCACAGCGCGACGUAAGGAGAACCCGUCGCGUGCACCGAGCACAUCCGCGGAAGAAAUAAUGACGAUGCUGCUGGAGGCCAGCGAGGAGGGCAUAAGCGGAAACUGGGACGGCGGUAGGAUCGUAUGGAGUGUGCGUUAUGCGCUCGAGGGCGAGGAGGAAAACAGCUCGCAGUUGACGGGCGCUGAUCAGUUACAACAGCGAAUGCAGCAACGCCAGCUGCAGCAUCAUCAUCAUCAUCAUGUUGAGAGACGGAAACUGCAGGCACGGCUGGAGAUACAGAAGGACGAUAUACAGGCGGUGCUUCCGAUCUCCAAGAACUGGGAGGUGAUGAAUACGGCAGUGUUGACGGGGCGUCAGGUGUCGCAGGGGAUGAAGGUUUUCAUCGUGAGUCAAGCCGGCACGGUCGCCGAUGUCACGCUGCAGUCGUCCUGUCAUUCUGAGGACGAGAGUGUCCUCAAGGUAUCGUCCUCGUGCAGUAGCGUGUACGUAGAUGGUUCGGAGAUCCGGGGCUCCAGCAACGCAUCGGUACUCGUCAAAUAUGGCACGUAUACCGGCUUGGCGAGAUUCACCGUGUGGAUGCCCGAGUUUCCACUGGAGGUGAAUGUCGCUGACACGCGGUUGAACCAGAUAAAGGGUUGGAAGAUACCGGAGGAGCACGUGGCAAGUACGAAAAGCAAGCGGAGCUUGCUGAACGCAACGCAGGUCGAAGAGAAGACGGAAUUUACCUCGACGUCGAUAAUGCCACCGGAAACAGCGCCGGUGACCGCGCGAGCGAAGAAGAGAAGCGCCGUCGAUCCGGAGGAGUCGAUAGAGGACUCGUCUAUGGACGUGGACGAUCCAGACGGACUUCUCGAGGAGGACGAACACGAGGAGCGGUUCCGAUCUAAUGGGAACGAUCACGGAUGGGACACGAUCAACUCUAUCGAUCGAAAUCUGUCCCCGGCUAAUUGCAGAUUGCGCUUCCAGCAGAGUCCGGUUGAGGUGCAUGCCCGAUUUCUGGCGACCGAUCACGACUCGGGCAGGGUCUCGUACUUCGUCAGCCGGCGCACCUGGCUGCGAGUUACCGACCUCGUAGCCGGCAUGCUGCGUGUCUCCGAUCUUAGAAUAGCGACGCUUCUUCAAGGUAGACUGGUCCAGGGACGCGGGAUAGGUCGCACGGAGGUGCAGGUGCUGUCACCAAUCACCGGUAGGGUCAUCGGCGCGAAAGAGAUCAGAGUCGCCAACGACCGCGUGUCUGUGACGCGUCUGUCCGUCCGAGUGGUGUCCGGACUUCAACUCAGUAUCAGUCCCGAUACCGCGAUCGAGAACGGAUACGUCGCCGAAACCUCGGUUACGAGAAGAUUGACCGCCCAAUAUCAGGAGGGACUGCUGGACAUUGACGUAGAGUUCUCGGACAGUACCCGUACACCCCUCAGGGAAAUCGCUGUGAGUGAUUAUCAUUUACUGGUGGAGAGUCUGGACCCGGAAGUUGUGGCGUUCGCACCGAUGGUUGCUUCCCAUCAUCCACGGGUAAUCGCGGUCGGGGAGGGCCGCGGCGACUUGCUGCGCGUCAGUUUACAGCUGGCCGACUCUUGCCGAUUAUCCGGCAGACGUUCAAGCAAGGGCUCUCAGAGGACGACGGCCGCCGCGUUGGCAAGCGCAUCGGCCAACGUCGAGGUAGAUUUCGCCUCGAGCGAGGUGCCCAAUCGGCCGGAAUUCGUUCAGAACGACGGCGGGGGCACCGUCGGUUCUCACCAUCACAGAGAACGUAAAACCGGCCGGGGCGAAAUGGCGUCCGAUCUACACGACAUCCUCAUCGGGUUACCGCUGAAAGACGAGAAAGACGGGCACGAGCACGAGCACGAGCCUUUGGUGCAGGCACGGCAGCAUCGCACGGCUAUAGCUAAUGGCAUGUCUUCAGGGGGUAUGGGCGGCGUCGGCGUGCGUCACCACGGCGUCGGGGCGCGGAUGAGCCCGCUCGAGAUCGGGAUGUACGUGCUGCUCGCGGCGUUCUGCUUCGCGAUCGUUGUCUUUGUCGUCUCCUGCGUGGUGUACGCCAGCAAAUUCAAGCCCCAGCCACCGGACUCCCCGUUGACCGGUGCGGCCGUUCCAGUGCUUUCUGGCGCGGGUGCGAGGGCUCGCGCCGCCGCGAAUCAGCUGGCGUCUGGCAGACGACCGCCACGUGAAUCGACCACCAACGCACACGACUGGGUAUGGCUGGGCAGAGCGACUCUCGAACGAGCUGCCUGCGGUCCGCAACAGGUGCGCGUAACGAGUAAUCCGCUGGCCGGUGAAGGCGAACCCGAGGCCGAAUUGGGCACAUGCUUCGACAAUCCGAAUCACAUCGAGCUACCGUCUGCCAAUCAGUGGUCCAGUAGCGGUACCAGUGCCAUCGACACUACCACUUAUUCUAAAAAGGAUAGAGUAGCGCGAAAUAGUUUCGCGGCAAAAUCCGCGGUCAAGCCAUCCGCAGUGAUACCGCCUACUACGGCUACGACGGCGUCAACAGCGGCAUCGAUGGUAGCUCCGAUAAUGACCGCGCGGAACGACAACGAUGAUAUUCCUCCGCCUUUGCCGCCACACGGGGUGCCGGUCGCAAACUCGACAACGGCAACUACGGCGACCACGACGACGGUCGGCACGAACAACGUGAGCAACGGCAAUAACGAAGAUUAUAAACCGCCGGUACCGCCACAUAGGAACACGGGAGUGGGCGUGCGGCUGCCGGAACCGCCGCGGAAGCAUCGCCAUAGGGCGUCCAGUGGUGGCAGCGGUGGCCAUCAUGGAAAUAAUCAUCGGCACAGUAGCAAAGCACCGCAGCAGUCAAAUCAUCAUAUAGUCAAGUCGCACGGGAAAACUAGAGUAGACAACGCAAACAAACAGAACGGUGAGGACGAGGAAUUCAUAGAAUUGGUGAAUCACGACGAAAGCAAUAGGCACGCGAAGGAUGCCGGGAGAUCCCGGGAGAUCAAGAGGGCGACCAUAGUCGGUAAUCCUAUGUACUCGUCGUUCUCCACCUCCGCCGUAGUAUCCACCGUCGUCUCUACCGUAAACUCAUCUACUCCUACUGGCGGCGCGGCCUCAUCCACCACAACAUCUCCGCCGUCUUCAUCACCGUCCGCCUCUUCCUCCUCAUCCUCCUCUAGCUCCUGCGCCUCAUCCUCCUCCCAGGAGCAAGAGGAAUCGGUAGCGCUCGAUGACCUUAAUCUGGGUAUGGACUACAAUCAGAUCAUGCAGUACUUCGACAACCUGAAAGAGUCGAAUGCCUAGGUGAGGCCGUUCGACCUUUUCGAAGGUCGAGCAGUAGUCAACGUCGAUACGGAACACCGGGAUCCUCGUUAGUAGAUAUAACGAGUACGUCGAGUUGUCUCUUCUCCCGUUUGAGAAUUCGCUCUCGCGGGAACGAGAUUUUGCUAUUAUCGAGAACGAUGAUCCUGGAUAUUUCGUAUUUUAGACUAUAAUCUAGUCAGCUUCCUAGCAGCACAUCAUGAGUAACGCGCAAACACAUACACAUACGCUCAUAUUGACGAAAACUUAAGAAAGGGAUAAUUCCUUCGCACACGAUUCAUACAGUCUCUCGACAAUUUGUUACGACCGCUAGCAAUUUUUGGGCGCAACGGGUAAAAGUUCCUCAAGUACGAUAUAAUUUGCUGAUAUAUAUUCGUAUUUUAUCGCAUCGAUACGUAAAUAACGAUACGUAAAAUGUAAUGCGCGAUAAUAAGAUGAAGCGAUUGUGUAUUACAUCAAUAGUUUAUAUUAUAGGCGCGGCAAAGAUGCAUAUUUUUACUAUAUUUUUUUACCAUUUUUACAAAUUAUUGUUAUCAAAACGAUUCAACUUUGAGUAUCUUUCUCUUCUUCUUUCUUAUGCUAAUACUUUUGCUAUUUUUAUUUACGAAAUAUUUUCUUUGAUGACUUUAAAUCUUGGACUGAUAAUAUUAUGUUUAAUAGAUUUAAUCUCUAUCGUGUUUAUAUUUUAGUACACAUGCGAAGUGUAGUAUUCGAGUAUCGCGACUGCGAAAACUUGCUGGCGUAAUAAAUAGUCGGAGUACUGUUUGUACACGCAAGAGGCUUUACAAAAAUUGACUGUCGGUGGCCGGUGGGGUAGAUAGAUCGCUCGCUCGAUGACGAAAGCGUCACGCGGCAUUUCGACGUUUCGUUUCUCGCUGCGAGCUUUCCUUCAUUUCGUGCAGGAUCGUCGAGGAUCCUCGCUCUUGCCCCCAUGCCAUCUUGAUCUCUCGCUCGAGCCCUUUCUGCGCUACCACGGUUCCUCCCCUCGUCAGGCCGCAAGAAAACUAGCGUCAGACAAUUCGAGGUGCUUUGUAUUUCGAUCGCGCGUGCAUCUGGUAAUUUUCACACAUAUUUUUGCAUUCUUUGCGUCGAGUUUGUGCCAUAAACUAGCUGUAUAUCUAAUAGCAAGUUCCUUCGAACAAUUCUAAAUUUCCCGAUUUUUUAAUUCAAAAUUCACGGAGAGUAAUCCACAGGAUUUUUACGAAAAUCUUACGUUUAUCUUAAGCGUGCAAUUUUUACAUUUAACAAUGGAAAGCGCAAAGAGAUAUAUAUGUACUUACCCUUGAAUCUACCAUGGAUAUAAAAAAUUGAUUUUUACACCACUGCGUGUCUCUUCUUCGUUAUUUCUGUCAAUGUUUAAUUUUUAUUCAAUACUCGCUUCACGUGCGAUGCCGUCAACGGUGAGCUCUUUUAGUUCGCCAAACGACGGACUGUCAAUCAGUUAGUCGGGAUCGAUCCAUAUGCAAGGCGCGAUCGAAGUACGACGAAGCGUUCACUUGCGACCCGAUCCAGUUGCAUUGGAGGACACAUAUUUAUUCGGUCGACCGUACGUCGUAAUGUUUGUAAAUUUUGCUUUGUAAGACUGUGUACAUAUAUAUAAAUAUAUAUAUAUAUAUAUAGAUGCGAUAGAGCGCGUGUUAAUUAUCGACUUACAGAUUUAAAGUUACAUUUGUAUGGCUAAUAGAGAAUCGCGAAUCGUUCCACGCGUCGUUCGACGAGAAAUUCCUUCGACUUCAUAUCGAACGAGAGAAAACGUCGACGACGAAAUACGCGUAUACGUUAUACACUCUACGAUGCUCGAACGCUACUCUCUCUGAUAUCGCUUUUGAAUUACCCUUCGUCCCUCGAGACUCCACAAUCGUUUUAAAUACGUCGCGCUCUCGGCACUUUUUAUUCUGCCGAAAAUAUUUUCAUCACGUGAAUGAGUCUACACGCGUGUACGACAUCGUUAAAGCGAGAUUGGUAUCUGAGUAUAUGAAGCAUCUUGACAUUGAUACCUAAUUAUAACGUAUCGAUACAUAUUUGGGUACAGCAUCGAGAUAUCUUAAUUAAGUGCGUUCUUGCUUUAAACGUUUGUAUCUAGGUAUUAUAUCUGUUACAGGAUACUGUAACGUGUGUAUAUAUAUAUAUACUUGCCAUAUCAAGUGUAUAAUUGUAUAUUUACCGUAACAAUAUUAUCCGAAAUAUUGAAGUCGAUCGUACGGCAUGAAGAAAAUAUUCCUUUGUUUUGUAACAUAUUUAUUCAAUUUAGAUUUUAUUUAUGAUCAUUAACUUGUCGCAAUGUUUUAGCAAUAUUCGGAAUAUGAAGAAUGUGUUUCGAAAUUUUUAAUGACUGUCUCAUAUUAUAUAUGUAUACUUAGGUGCUAUUUCAAAAAAGAUAUGUAUUAUUACGCGAACACAUCUUUAGCGUGUAUCCGCAUUUCUACCUAGAUACAAAAAGAAAAUAUACAGCCGAUACGUUUGUUGAAAGUGUGUAUAAACUAAGUGAAUAUUAUUGUUUAUAACUGGCUUGUAAAAAAACAAACAUAAAUUUAUUGUUUACGUUGAGCAAGUGAAAGAUAAUGGAGAAACUAUUUUUGAGACAAUUUUUCGAAAUGGUCAAAUUGAUUAAAAAUUGACCGAUUAUUCUCUUGCACACUUAAUAAUUAAUUACUUUGGUUUAGGUAUAUGAAUAAUGAAGUGAAUGUUCUGAUAAAAAAUAUGUAAAUAUAGAAACAUGAAGCAAUAGCAUAUUUUAUAAUAUAAAUUUUAUUUUUUGUAGUGUGAUUUAUUCUGUUAUAUCCAUUUCAUUCGUAUUUCAUUCGAACGCUUUACCUCAAUAAAAUAUGUAAUUAUUGAAUGCUACUAUAAAGCCUAAAAAUACUUUUUAAAGAGAAUAAUCUGUGGAUAGUCGAGACAUGUUCACUUAGUCUAUAUGUAUUUUCUCUCCGUAUACUUGUCACAGCGAAGAGAAAGAAAGAGAAAGAAAAAAAUCGUUUGUUCUUCCCAAUUGAUUAGAAUAGUUACGAGUUCACCUACAGUUGUUUUCCAUAAUAAAAUUGGUUAUCGCAAAGCGAAUGAAACGAGGCUGAGACAAUUUAAGUGUAAACGACCUACUCCAAGGAUCAGCCAGGAAACUUAUAGCUAUGUACGUAUCUAAAGUGUAAGGACUAUGGUGUCUAAGUAUGUAUGUAACGCUAUAAGUUGUGUGUCAGCACAUCGCGUGGGACAAUAGUGAUUUAAUCCAUCGGCGGCGAACGGCGUUCGACGAACAAACGAUCGACGGCGCCUCGUUGUCGUAAAACACAGCGAAAUGAAUAUGUUUACAUAGCUGCGUAAACAUUGAGAAAGAGUCGGAAUAAUGUGAGAGCGUUCCGCCGAGAAUCUAGUCUUAUAGCAUAAUUAUUAUAUAUAAUACAUAUAUAUAUAUAUAUAGAGAUAAAUAUAUAAAAUAUUAAUCAAUGCGAUGUACGUUGCCUUUCGCCCGAUGAUAAUACGUAUCUUACGAAUGCCCCGCGGUCACCGUCGAUGCGUCAAGCUUAAUGUACAUAUAAUCGACCUUUAACGGAUAUGGCAAAAACGAUUUACCCAUUUGGAUGUUCCUAAAACCGAACAAAAAAGAUAUACUAACAUAUAUUCGAAAAUUAAACGCAUAGAAAAAACAAAAUAAGUGAAAAGAUGUUUUUGUUAAUAAUGACGAUAAAAUUCGUGCUGGUUGAUAUGAUGUGGGCACUCGGCACACCAGUGGCUUAAACUCGCAUAAAACAAAGAAAUAAAUAUAUAGUCUCAUAUCACAUUAUACAGAAUUCCACCAUAUCAGUUAAGGUUGAAUAGUUUUUGAACCGAUUGCAAAAACAUAUUCUUCUAUCCGAUAAAACUAUCGAUUCUUUAUGAAUUUUUCCUGAAACUUAAUCCAGAUGUAUCCAGAAGUAAUCUAAAUCGGAUCAAAAAGCAGCUACCUUACAAAAUUACGAAAAUCUCAUUUAUCUACUUUAUAAUAUGAAAUCUAUAGAUAUUGUUUUCUGCAAUCGGUUUUCAUUAAGAACGGCUCUUGAUAAUAUAUAUACUCUUCUAUAAGCGAAAAAUUGGAAGUGACUUUCAAUAGCGACUCACUCAAGAGUUUUGCUUAAGAAAUCUAAAUAGCUCAAAAGUAUACUGAAGUUUAUAUUCGUAUCUCACAUUUGACACUUAAUAUUGCCUUUGGAAAUAACAUAUAUAUAUAUAUUAUAGUUAAGGAAUACGAUACUAAAUCUGAUACCGUAACAUUUUCCAGCGAUAAAAUUAACAGUACUUCUUAAUAAUUAACAGUUAUUCGGAUUAACUCUAUGCAAUUGUACGAUCUUCACAUAUGAGAUAAAUAAGUCAAAUCUAGCUGAAUGCGAGAUACGGGUAUUUCAGCUUCAAUUCUAGUUAAUUGUUUUUUAAUUGUUAGUUAAUUGUUUUGUUCUUUUUCGUUGCUCUUUCUUUUUAUGUGGACGAAAAAGCGAAAUUCAACGGUGAACACGGUGAAAACAUGUACGAGUCGAUCAUAUCCAGUAUCAAGCGAAACAGGCGCGCGCUAAUCGUUCGUAUAUAUGACUAUUAUCUAACGAUUUUGAUAUAAGGACACUUUUGGUGAUUAUCAUGAUGCCAUAGCGUUUACUUAUUGUUAGUGUUACUGAGAGUGAUCGGAGUCAGUGGCUUGUAUGUUAGUAUACAUCGUCGCAAGGCGCGCAUACACAUACAUACACACAUGCAUAUAUAUUAGACAAAAUACUUGUGCACAUAUGCACUUCCAGUUCCACGUCAUUUCGACAAAAGACUUGCGCUUCGUAAUAUCAACAUACUUCUCGCAAAACUAGGCAUCGGGACAUCCCUUUAGACAUCCCUUUUAAUGGAAUCCAGUGAUUCCCUGUAAGAUUUUUGUUAUGUCGCAGGAGGGAUUUCAUAGUUGUGUGUUGUAACAACUUCUCGUCAUAUCCAGUUUUCUCAUUAUAUUUAUCCUAGUUCCUACCAAAGCUUUGUGUACUUUUUCGUUUUUUUUUUUUAAUUUUCUUUACUUUUUACUUUUUUUCUUUCUUUUUUACCUUUUUUAUCCUCCUGACAAAGAAAGUUAAUAGAUCAAUUAACACAUGUCUAUAUUAGUAUUUCUUGACCAUUCGAUUUUAUUAUUAUUUUUUUUUUAAGUAUUCGAUCGCUUGGGAAUCACUGACAAUCUCUUUGAAGAUUUUUUUAUCCCCGCAUUUAUUCCACGAUUCAGCAAAUUCUACGACAAUUCCUAUCUACGACCAAUGUAAUAAAAGCGACAGUAAACGCGCUUGUCGCAUAUGGUCCUUCCAAUCUUCCCUCUUUCCUGAACUCCUGCUGAUUUGGAGAGGUAUGACAUAUAGAUGCAUCGCUGACUCUGCAUCCGCGCACAUUCCUCAAACACCCCAUUAAUUUUAAGUGUGAUAAAUGCGGAACUGAGAAGAAAAGUAAGAAAAAAGCAAAGAAAGCGAUAAUUAGUAAUUACUAUAACUGCGCUCGCGACGACGACGCUCGAGGACGUUGACGAUGGCGGUGGUGACUGCAUCUACGAUGACGACAAUAUUCGACGCGAGUGUCCUCCGAACUGAACGAUUUUGAAAGAAAACGAUUAUAUAAUAGUGCAGAAGUUUGUUGAUGAUUUCAGCUGUCCCCCGAUGAGACGAAGAGUAAAUUCUGAAAAUUUUAUUUAUAUGCGACAACAUGCAGGAAGUUUUUCAUGAAAAACUAUCUCUAAUCCAUUUUAAAUCUAUAUCACUUCACGAUAAAAAAAAUCUUUUUUAUAAUACUCUCUGUAAUACUUACAAUUAUGAAUUAGUUCUUGUUUUACAAAAAUAAAAACUGGAUUUGAGAAAAUUUUAAAAGAAGCAAUUUUUUAAUUGCACGUUGAAAAGACUAUAAUUCUGCAUUUUAAUAAUAAUCGAGAAUUUCGCACUAGCUUUCUGUCAACAUUUCUUACAAAAAAAUCGUCAAUCUUCCUGGGUCUGAAAGUUCGGGGACAUCUUGCUCGUUUAUACUGUCGCAAGCAUAUAGUAUCAGCACAAGAUAUUGGAGUCAUUCCAUGAUGCCAGAUGACAUUUCGGCACUUUAUUAGAAUAAACCUGUGAGAUAUAAUAAAUCUUUUUUGUGAAAAUGUGUUUUAUCAGAUAUUCUGAUAGAUUUAAUCGGUUCUUCUAAAAUAAUGUUUUUUAUUUUCUUUUUUAAGAAACAGAAAUAAAUAGAAUAUUAAAACUGAUUUAUCUUCUUUUUCUUUACUUAUAUAAAAGCGGAAUAUUAUAGUUUAUAAGAUCGAUUUUUUUCCCGAGGUUGUCAUUCACCGCAAGUUUAUUCAAAUAAAAUAUGGAGAGAAAAAAAAAUGAUAUCUCUAAAGCAUUAUUGCGUACGGAACUCUGGAAUGACCCUCUACUCUCAUUAGUAAAAAUAUUAUUAUCAUCAUGUCUAUUAUACUAUAUACUACUAUUGUUACUUGUAUGUACUACUAUCAUUAUAUAUUAUUGCCAUCGUUGCUGUUGCUGUUAUUGUUAUUAAGAUUGUUGCUGCUGUUGCUACUGCUGUUGCCAUCGCCGCGUCGAUCGCGCGUGUACCGGAGACAUGAGGUGUCAUUGACGUUGUCGAUUGUCGUUGCCGUUAUCGUCAUCGUGGCCGUAGCCGUCGUCCCUAUCGACAUCAAUGUCGGCGCCGCCGAUAUGCUAUAAUUAAUAAAACAAUAAGAUACGACUAUCGCCUACUCAAUGUACAAUAUGUAGUAUUUACCUGUUGUUACCAUCAAACCGUCAUCAAAGAUAUAUAAAAAUAUUGUAAUUGUAACAUA